UCCUGUGUAGGGUUCAGAAGCCCGCCUCCCCUCCCAGCUUCAGGUGCCUGCUUCGGGAAAUGAAGUAAGAAGCCAAUUGGCUUCCGCCAUCUUAGCUAGAGUAAGUGUCUAGUGAGAGAAGGAUGAAGUCGGGAAAUCACUGGAGAGUUCUGGGAUUGUGCCUCUUAGCAGUUGGCGCUUGGGUGCAAGCGGAAAAUGACUACGGUGAAUAUGAAAUCUCCAUCUCUGGAACCACAGUAAUGCUGACAUGCCCUUUUGAGGAAGAUUCCAUAAAAUGGAAGUUGGGUGAAAUAGAUUUAAAAAGUGCCGAUAAAACCUAUAAGGUGGAAAAUUUUUCAGAAGUGAAACACAGUGGUACUUAUUUCUGUCAUAAAGAAAAGGAAAAAAAUGGUGUCUACCUGAAGGCAAGAGUGUGUGAGAACUGCAUGGAGGUGAAUGUGAUGGCGGUGGCCGUAAUCAUCAUAGUGGACGUCUGCAUUACUCUGGGCCUGCUGUUUGUGGUAUAUUACUGGAGCAAGAACAGAAAGGCCAAGGCCAAGCCUGUGACGAGGGCGACGGGUACCGGUGGCAGGCCCAGGGGGCAAAACAAGGAGCGGCCACCACCAGUUCCCAACCCAGACUAUGAGCCCAUCCGGAAAGGCCAGCGGGACCUGUAUGCGGGUCUGAACCACAGAGGCGUCUGACAGCUCCUGAGGACACUGCCUCCCCCUGGCCCAGGCAACCCUCUGAGGGAACAGGCGGAAAUGCUGGCGGAGAUUCUGCCUGUUCCCCAUUCACAGACCCAGCCAAGACCCAGCCCUACAGGCUCCUCACCCCACUGCUGCCCACCUUCCACGGCCCCCUCAAGGGUCUUUUGCAACUUCAUGAAUAUGCUAAGCUCCUUGUCAGCUGAAAGAUAAAAGAAAUAAAGUGUA